AUGCCAUCCUUCAAGACAUUCCUCCUCCCAAUAGUCCUCCUAGUGGCCACUUCCAGCGCAGCCACCUGUUCCGGGGAUUGGUUAUCAAACACAUUCAAUGGCGAUACCAAAUGCUGCUAUGGAAACAUGCUAGUUGAAGACCGUGAUGCUUUCUGCUGCGUUUACGACCUGACUCCUCCCGUGGAGACUAGCAGCGCUUCAACGGCGACUACGACAAGCGAUGACUACGAUAGUUGGUCCACUGCUGGCGAAUGUUUCACAAAGAUUCCCUUCAGCGCGAGCAACUAUUCGGAUCUGGUUUCUUCGGCCUCCUCGAAGAUUGCGGCCACUAGAGCGACUGUUGCGACAAAUGAGGCCAAGUCUACAAGUACGAGUGCUAGCUCGGCCUCAUCAGGUACGAGCUCUGCCGCCAGCAGUACCAGCUCUCAAACGAGCUCCGGAUCUGCCGCCUCUACUAGCAAUGCCGCUAUGCCGAUUGCUACUGCUCAAGAGAUGAUGCUUGGUGGGGCUGCAGUCGUCGUCGGUCUUUUCGUGCUGUGA